AUGGAGACUAGUUAUGAAACUUCCUCUGGUAGGCUUCUUUUUAAAUCUGCGCUUGAGAAAAUUGAGAAAGAAAAACAGUUAAUAGAAAAGAAAAUGAAUCAAGCUGAGAUGCAAUUUGGUUUGGAUCAAUCCUUAGUCGGAAAUGAGGCUUAA